AACCAUCGACUGCUCAAGCAAAAACCCAUCGCCCCAUCCUUCCUUCCUUCCUUCCGUCUGCAAUCCCUCGGGCGCGCUCUCGGAAUCGGGCCGCCCGGAACCGUCGCCGCCGGCGAGCUCGGAGUGGGGGGGCCCUUUCGACCGGCGAGGGAGAAGCGAGGGGGGGAAGUUUCCCCGAUGGACGGGAGGGGGAGGUCGCGAGGGAUGAUCCCGAUCCUCGCGCUCCACGCCCUGAGCGAGUACUACCGGCUGGAGCGGAAGCCCCCCGUCACCGCCGGCCUCCUCGCCGCCAACACGCUGGCGUACCUCCGCCCCGGCGCCCUCGAUUCGAUCCUGCCCCCCAUCGACCGGGUCUGGUUCAAUCCUCACCUCAUUCUCAAGUACAAGGACCCGAAGCGCUUCUUUUUAUCAGCAUUUUACCAUGUGAAUGAGUCUCACCUGGUAUACAACAUGCUGUCGUUAUUAUGGAAGGGAAUUCAAUUGGAAAGUUCGAUGGGAAGCGCUGAAUUUGCAUCCAUGGUUGCUACAUUAUUAGCAAUGUCCCAAGGAAUAACUCUGUUACUCGCGAAAUCCCUUUUUGUUUUCUUCGAUUAUGAAAAGCCUUAUUACUCAGAAUAUGCAGUUGGAUUUUCUGGUGUCCUCUUCGCCAUGAAAGUUGUCUUGAAUUCACAGUCCGAGAACUACACAUAUGUACAUGGGCUGGUAGUUCCUGCACGCUAUGCAGCAUGGGCUGAAUUGGUUCUGAUUCAAAUGUUUGUGCCGGGCGUUUCAUUUCUUGGACACCUUGGAGGGAUACUUGCCGGCAUUCUUUAUCUGCGGCUAAGGGGUAUGUACUCAGCUCCCGAUCCACUGACUCUGGUUGUCAGAGGCGUCAGUGGUGUGCUGAGGUGGCCAUUGAGGUUCAUGCAGUCCUUGUUCGGGUUCCGCCGUCGUCGGAUUUCCGGUAGAGGAACAGUGGGUAGAAAUCAAAGAGGAUGGACUGAGCCUGGUGUUUGGAGAUGCGGUGCUUGUACCUACGAUAAUUCCACCCAGUUAAACGAAUGUGAGAUGUGUGGGACAAGUCGGAGUAUUAGUAGGUCCCGUUCGCGUCCAUCUUCCAGGUAUUCUGAGGAUCUUCCUCUGGACGAAUUGCGCCGUCGAAGAGUCGAAAGGUUCGGGAGAUGACACUGUCACUUGUAAAGGGCGGAUGGCCCAUAAACUUGUGAAAGGGGGUCGUAGGAUCCAUAGUAUGAUACACUUUUGCUGACACUGUAGAGUUCUGUGAUCGUUGCACAUAGAUGUGUGCGCCUCGACAGUUUACAUUUUUUGAAUUAAAUCUGACGGGUUGCAUAUGCAGUUGCUUUUCCGUGUUGUACACUGAAAAAGUAUGAUAAUGACGUACAUCUAGUUGCAGAGGAA